AUGGUUAAAACCAAGGCAGGGGAACUACUUCGUCAAAACCUUGGAUCGACCGCGUUGGGUCUGCAUGCAGUUAUAGCUGAUCGCACAGAUGAAAACAUUCGGAGUUGGCUAAAUGAUUGGAAAAAGGAAUCAAAGAUAAUUAACCUUGGAUCCAAUUAUGAUAAUAGCAGUAUGCUUGUAGGAGGGUCCCCAAGAUUCAACCCUUAUGGAUGUGAUUUUGGUUGGGGUAAGCCCUUGGCAGUUCUUAUUGGCUGGCCUUAUAAAUUCAGUGGGAACGUUUGGACGAAUCCAGGUAAGGCUGGUGGAGGGAGCGUGGAUCUCGAGAUUUUUCUUUCACCAAAAGCCAUGUCUGCGCUUGAAUCUGACGACGAAUUCAUGGGUGCAACCUCAACACAUCAUGAGAUGAUCAUGUGA